AUGGGCGGCGGCGUGCUUGGCGACGGAGCGGCGGCGGAGGCGAGGCGGCGCGAGCGGCGCCGUGGGGCAGACAUCGCGAGGAAAAGAAAAACGGACAGCGACAGCGUCGGUAGAUCGGGGCCGGAGGCAGCGCAAGCAGACAGAGCACUAGAGACAUGCGACGGAAAGAGUAAUGAUCCGUCGUGGAGCGAUGUGCUCGAUCGAUUCAUGGAAUACAGCAGGGAGGUAAACGGGGAGCCGCUCGGCGCCGAGUUUGGCCGCGGCUUCCUCUGCUCGGGCCUGUGGCGCUACUCGCGCCACCCAAACUACUUUUGCGAGGUUGCGAUCUGGUGGGCCUUUUACCUCUUCUCGCUCGCCGCCGGGCUGCCGCUCGUCAACUGGACCAUCUCGGGCGCGGCAUUCCUCACUUGCCUCUUCGUGCUGCCGCACGCCUCGCUCGACGUCACCGAGGUCCUCCCCUCGCGAAAGUACCCGCAGUACGCAGAGUACCAAGCGACCGUCUCGCGCUUCUUUCCACUGCCGCCGCUGCCUGCCGGCGAGCGCGCGCCGAUGCGUCCCGUCGACGCGGUCCUCAUCGGCUGGUUCUGCGUCGGCCUCGCGGUCACCUUCUUGGUCGACAUCGAGGCUGUCCUCGUGCAGCGGCCCGACCUGUACGGCCUCGACGCAGCGCACACGCCACUGUGGCCGCCAGAGCCGUGCGUCCGCGCCGUCCGGUGGUGGAGUGCCGCCGCCGACCCGCUGAUGCACGCGCGGCCGGUCUGGUUCCGAGCUGCCAUUUGGGUCGAGGUGCUGGUGCAGGCGCCCUUCUACGCCGUCGCCAUCUACGCCUUUGUGCGGCAGCGCAGCUGGGUCCGCGUGCCCGCCAUCGUGUACGCCACCGUCCUGCUCACCAUCAUGCCCAUCGUCCUCGCGGAGCAGUACUUCGGACCCCACGCCUCACGCCGCCCGCUCCUCGUCACGGCCGUCUACGGCGCCUACGUCCUGAUGCCGGUCCUGCUUCUCGUGCGCGUGUGGAGCGUGGACGUGUUCCCGAGCACGCCGCUCGCCAAGCGCAAGGCGGCGGGCCUGGCUGGCGGUGAGGCGGCGGCGCCAGCGGCCAGCCGCACGGCGAGUCCGCUCGCCGGCGAGGAAGCGGGCCUUACAUAUGUCAUGCACAUGUAA